UCAAUUAGGGUAAAACUUCACGAGUACAAAAAUGCCAAAAAUUGUAAAGAUCUAUUUGUAGUGCGCAAUCGGAAGCUACUGUGUUAGCAGGCACCAGUACACAUAUUGGAUUUUAUACUUCACUUCUAUGGAUUUACAUCAAACUUAUUGUUUUGGAUGAUUGUAUGAUAUUUUGAAAAUUGUCAGUUACUUCUUCGUCUCGUGCAUGUAUCAACAUGACGGAUGACCCAUACAACCGUUUCAUUCCGCCACCGGAGGCACCUGUUUUCACUCCAACUGAGGAGGAGUUCACCGAUCCAUUGGGAUACUUGGACAAAAUCAGGCCUAUUGCCGAGAAAACUGGGAUAUGUAAAAUAAAACCUCCACCGGAUUGGCAGCCACCAUUUGCAGUUGAUGUGGAUAGAUUCAGAUUUACUCCCAGAGUUCAAAGGCUUAAUGAGCUAGAGGCUCAAACAAGGAUCAAAUUGAACUUUUUGGACAAGCUUGCAAGAUUUUGGGAAUUGCAGGGCUGUUCUCUUAAGAUUCCACAUGUUGAAAAGAAACUAUUGGAUUUGUACAUGUUAUACAAGUGUGUUGAGGAUGUUGGAGGGAUGGAGAUUCUUUCCAAGGAAAGGAGAUGGUCAAAGGUGGCCACCAAAAUGGGCUUUCCAUCAGGCAAAGGUGUAGGUGCUGUCCUCCGGGGUCACUAUGAAAGGAUCCUAUACCCGUUUUACCUGUUUAUGCGAGGCGACUCCUAUGAUGCACAAACAAAGAAAGAAAAGGUGGUUGAAGAAGAGUUUAAAGAUGACAAAGAUGAUAAAGACUACCGGCCCCAUGGCAUUGCGGCCAAAUCUGCCGCUGGCAGCUACAGGCGCUUACCCAAAAGAGAGAGGGCUCUGAAAGAGGUCUGCACCAAGGCACAACAGUCUACUCCUGAAGAGUCUUUAGAUAUUGAUUACUCUGUGAACUCAGAGUUGAAGAAAUUACAGUUUUUUGGAGCUGGACCCAAAGCAGCUGUUCCGCCUACCCCUAAAGAGGAAAAGUUGGAGACAAAGGUAUGUAAGGGUAGUAAUUCUAAAGGGAAAGGCCAGGAUAGAAAUGGAGCAAGCCAGGUGUACGGCAGUGUUGACAGUUACAUCUGCCACAUGUGUAGUCGAGGAGAUGGUGAUGAGUACAUGUUGCUCUGUGAUGGUUGUGAUGAUGCUUUUCACACCUACUGUCUGAUCCCACCCCUUCAGGAAGUCCCAAAAGGAGAUUGGAGAUGUCCAAGAUGCAUUCAACAGGUGUGCAGUAAACCUCAAGGGCCAUAUGGGUUUGAGCAAUCCAAGAGAGAGUACAGUCUGCAGUCCUUUGGUGAGAUGGCUGAUCAGUUCAAAUCCAACUACUUCAGCAUGCCAGUUCAUAUGGUUGGAUGUGAAGCAGUGGAGAAAGAAUUCUGGCGCUUGGUUAACUGUAUUGAGGAAGAUGUAUGUGUCCAGUACGGUGCAGACAUUCAUGCAGCAGACAUGGGUAGUGGCUUCCCUACUAAGGAAAAUAAAGAUUUGUUCCCCGAGGAUGAGGAGUACAUUAAUUCUGGCUGGAAUCUGAAUAACCUACCUGUUCUAGAACAAUCGGUCCUCUGCCACAUUAAUGCUGACAUCUCUGGAAUGAAGAUUCCAUGGUGUUAUGUUGGCAUGUGUUUCUCCAGCUUCUGCUGGCACAAUGAAGAUCAUUGGAGUUACUCCAUCAAUUAUCUCCAUUGGGGUGAGCCGAAGACAUGGUAUGGUGUGCCAGGCGAGUGUGCUGACCAAUUUGAGGAUGCUAUGAAAGCCAAUGCUCCAGAGUUAUUUGAGCAUUCCCCUGAUCUUCUACAUCAGUUGACAACUAUUAUGAACCCAAACAUCUUGAUGGACAUGGGUGUUCCGAUUGUGAGAACAAACCAACAAGCAGGGGAAUUCAUUGUUACCUUUCCACGAGCCUAUCAUGCAGGAUUCAACCAAGGCUACAACUUUGCUGAGGCAGUCAACUUCUGUCCAGCUGAUUGGCUACCAAUUGGUAGGGCCUGUAUAGAUCACUACAGAAGCCUGAGUCGCCAGUGUGUUUUCUCGCACGAGGAAUUGGUCUGUAAGAUGGCUGCUGACCCAGACAACCUUGACCUCAAGGUUGCUGCUUGUACCCACCAUGAUUUGCUAGGAAUUGUUGAGAAGGAAAAGCAAUUACGCAAGAAGCUGCUAGACCGGGGUACCAUGGAGGCUGAACGUGAAGCAUUUGAGUUGUUACCUGAUGAUGAGCGACAGUGCGACACUUGUAAAACAACGUGUUUCCUCUCCGGGGUCACUUGUCCAUGUAGUCCUAACAAACUGGUAUGUAUUUACCAUGUAGAGAUGCUAUGUGAUUGUGACCCAUCACGUCACUGCCUACGCUACAGAUACACCCUUGAUGAGCUGCCAGCCAUGCUCUACAAACUCAAGGUGCGUGCUGAAUCCUUUGACAACUGGACCAGCAAAGUAGGCGAAGCAUUGGAAUCUACAGGCGAUGACAGAAUGGAGAUACUGGAGCUGAAGGAGCUGAUCAUGGAGGCAGAGGAGAAGAGAUAUCCUGAUACAGAAUUACUACACACACUAAUUGAUGCAGUCGGUGAAGCAGAGAAAUGUGCCAGUGUUGCCAAUCAGUUGGUCUCAAAGAAAGUUCGUACCAGGAACAGACAAUCCAUGGAAGGGAAGUACAUAGCCAAACUCAGUUUAGACGAGCUGAACUGUUUCUAUGAUCAAGUCUACAACCUGCCGUGUAUAAUCAAGGAAGCCAGACUGAUCAAGGAACUGCUGGACAAAGUCAUUGAGUUCCAAAGAGAUGCCCAAGAUGCAUUAGAGGCAGACACUCCUGAUUCAGAAAAAAUAGAGCAACUGAUUGACUUCAGCAUUACACUGGAUGUAGAUUUACCUGAGAUACCUAGACUCAAACAGGUUCUACAACAAGCUAAGUGGCUGGAUGAGGUGCGUCUCACGCUACGUGAUCCUCUCAAUGUGACCCUGGAUGUGAUGAGGGAACUGAUGGAAUCAGGUGUGGGCCUAGCUCCACACCCAGCGGUAGAGAAAGCCAUGGCUGAGCUUCAGGAACUUCUUACCAUUAGUGAGCGAUGGGAAGAGAAAGCUAGGAUCUGCCUCCAAGCCAGGCCUAGACAUGUGAUGGCCACUUUGGAAGCUAUCAUUAACGAAGCUAAAGGUAUUCCCGCCUACUUGCCAAAUGUCACAGCUCUGAAGGAUGCUUUAAGGAAAGCAAAGGACUGGACAGUGAAGGUGGAGAAUGUACAGAAUUCUGACUCGUACCCCUACCUAGACAUCCUGGAAAGUUUGGUGAACAAAGGCCGGCCCAUUCCAGUUCGUCUGGACCAGCUGCCUCAGGUGGAGUCUCAGGUAGCUGCGGCUAAGUCCUGGAGAGAAAGAACUGCUAGAACAUUCCUCAAGAAGAACUGUACUUACUCUCUCUUGGAGGUGCUGUCUCCUCGAGCUGACAUUGGCAUCUACAGUGGAGGUAAAAACAAAAAGAAAAAAUUUAAGGAAGGUGAAAAGGACAGGAAGGAUGUUGAAACCAAUAAUAACAACCUGGACAUCAAGGUCGAGGAUCAGAGAGACCCAGCAGCCAUUGUUGCAGCAUUCAAAGUGGCAGAACAGAAGGAGGUGGACUGUAUGUGUGAACUUAGGGAAAGGAAUGUGAACAAGAUCAGUCAAGAGGGAGAUGAAGUCAAGUACUGUGUAUGUCGGAAAGGAGCUUCAGGCUUUAUGUUACAGUGUGAACUCUGCAAGGACUGGUUUCAUGGAACAUGUGUACCACUUCCAAAAUCUGCAAAUAUGAAAAAUAAAUCGUCUCAAGCAGCAGCUGUACAGGCUGCUAAAGAUCUCAAGUUUUUAUGUCCCCAGUGUUUACGGUCUCGACGUCCUCGACUAGAGACCAUUCUUUCUCUUCUUGUUUCCCUCCAAAAACUUCCUGUGCGCUUGCCAGAGGGGGAGGCCCUUCAGUGUUUAACAGAACGUGCCAUGGCGUGGCAGGAUCGUGCACGCCAAGCUCUAACCACAAGUGAACUUGCCUCAGCUUUAGCCAAACUCAGUGUGUUGAGUCAGAGAAUGGUGGAGCAGGCAGCACGGGAAAAAACUGAGAAAAUCAUAAAUGCUGAACUGCUUAAAGCUGCAAAUAAUCCAGAGUUACAAGGACAUUUAGCCAGUGUAACUCAAAGUGCUUUUGGGGGGAAUGCAGGAGGUGGCACUGCUACUACACCUUUGACGGGGAAACAUUCAGAUUCUGGAAACUUUAGUUUGGAUUCAGAAAACUCAUUUACGAUUCCAUUGUCACCUCAGUCAUCACACAACUCAGAUGACAUUCAGAUGGAAGUGGAAGUGAUCAGCUCAGCACAACAGCAACAAAACCAUAGUGGCAUGUCAGAGCAUGCUUAUUCUUCUGCCUCCAAAACCAGUAAUAGUGCAUCACCACGUAAACACCAACGGAAGUCACCACUGGUGGCACGGACUCUUGAAGCCCCUGUCCUUGAACUUUCAAGCACAGCGAAAAGUCAGCUAGAGGAACUGAUGAUGGAGGGAGACCUUCUAGAAGUGUCUUUGGAUGAGACACAACACAUCUGGAGGAUUUUACAGGCCUGUCAGCCAAGAGCAGACCAUAAGUUCCUCGAACUUGAUGACAAUAAGGAUAGCAUCUCAAGUAUUCCCAUCAGCACUGAGAGGGAGAAACUUCAGAUCAAGAUAAAGAAGGAAAAAGACCCUGAGAAGAAAAAGAAGAAAAGGAAAAAGUUAGAAGAUGGGAUGGAGGUAAAGAUUAAGAAGAGUAAAGAGGUAAAGGAGGUUGCAGAAGCAGGUGCUGGAGAAGCAGGAGGAGGUGGAGGGAUCCCUAUGAUCAAAGUCAAGAAAAUAAAGAUAAAGAAGGAAAAAGACCCCAUCAAGGAAAAGAAAGUAGCCAAGGACCUGGACAAUAUGGAAAUAGCUGCCAGCAUGGACAUAUCAACUAUAGCUUCAGAAGCUGAGAAGAUUAAGAAAGCUGGAGAAAAAGCUGAUAGAUUGAAAAAGUUGGGAGAGGAGAAACUGAAAAAGAAAAAAACUAAAGUGGUGAAGAAAGAAGGAGUGGUGGUGGUAGAGGAACUCAUCAAAAAGAAGAAGAUGAAACCAAAAGUAAAACGGGAGAGGAAAGAAAAGGAAAGCCUGGUGGUGCAAGAUGAUGAUAAGGAAGAUGAGAAUGAUGAUGACUGUGCAGCAUCAAAAUGCCUAAAACCUACAGGUGAGGAGGUCAACUGGGUACAAUGUGAUCGCUGCGAGGACUGGUACCAUUUACUUUGUGUAGGCUUGGGACAGGAAGAGAUCUCUGAGGAUGAGGAGUAUAAGUGUUUCAAGUGUAGGAACGAGCAGUGCUCGGACCCCUAUGUUUCCCCUGUCAUAUCCGACCCCCGCAUGCCACAUAGUAUGGACUCCCAAGUUCCUGACAACCAAGUGCCAGUCAUUAAGUCAGAACCACAGGACCUGACAUGUCAUGAGUCAAUGGACUUGACGAUGGACGUGCCGUCAGAGGCAGAUGAGUACACAUCUGUAGUUGAGGAAUCUGUCAUGACGUGUCUGGAUGUUUCCACAGAGAACACAAACAACAGCAGUGAAGAAGUUCCCAACAAGAAACAGGCUACUGCUGUGCUUGGUGAAAACUGCCAAGUUAUGACAAAGGUCAUGGCACUUCCCUCUGAUGCUAUGGACAUUGAAGAGGACAGGUUCUCAGAAUCCACAACAACAAAGUUUGGGUUAGGGAACUGUAUUGAAGAGACUGUGAUAGAGGAAGAAUCCAUUGUGGACAAAAGUGUUGUGAAUGACCCAUCAGUUAAUGACUGUAGUGUGGAGGUCACUUCUCGGAAUUCAAAUAAGGACACACCUCUCCUUGACAGUGGACAGAUAGACACAUUGAUUGAGUCUGUGUCCUGAUUUAGUUGUGUGUCAGAUCCUUUUAUUUUUGUCCAAUCAUCAGUCUGAUGUCCUGAUGUGCUCAGUGCUUACAGUCAUUUUCUUGGGACUUGUGGUCAAGAGAGAGAUAGGCAGGCUUUCUUGUCAUAAUGUGCUAAACAUAAUUGAGAACUCAACCCUGAGUUGAACAGAAAUCUCAGACUUUCAAUCAAAUUUAAACUCUCGAUGAGUUUUUACCACCAGUAUAGCUAAUAUAGGCACAUGAUGAAAUCAGGCUUACACUGAAAAUAAACCAGAAAUCACUUCUUGUGAAUUCCUAGUCCUAGAAUUAUUGUGAGAGUUCAAGCUUUUGUUUUGUUCAUGUGUAUUGAUGAAAUUGUGUAAGAGGAGAAUCAUACAUAUUGAGUGAGAGUGGAACAAACAAGGCAAUACUUGUGUACAGUUAUUGAAUGUUGUUUCUUUGUAAUACAUAUUUCUUCACAUACCUCAUUGAAUUCAAUAUUCUGUAUACCAUGUUACACUACAGCAUUGGGAGUUUGAAUCUGUAUUCUAUAUUGUAAAAGAGCAUUUUUAUAUGCCAGUUUUUUUUUUAUUUCAUAGCUUUUUUUCAUUGAAAAAUUAAUUUCAUAGAUUCUUUUUUCUUUUUCUUCCUCUGUCAAAAAAGGCUGGUUUGGAUGAUGUUGGAUGUGAAUGUAUUUUACUUGUUUGGAUUUAGAGAAUGAUCAUGUACAUGCUGUUCAAAAUACAAUAUUUGGCUAAAAUCAGAUUUCUUUAUCAAUAUGAGCUCCCUUGUUGAUGAAUAUAAUGUGUUCAAGUUAGGGUGUUCAUCUCUUUUAGUGUUUCUAAAAUAACAACCGGUUAAAUCUACUACACAUGUUGCAUUAAUUUCAUUAUUAAUAUUCAAAAUUUUUUUGGAAACAGACAAAAAAAAAAUGCUUGCUGGAAAUUUCAUAUCCUACUUUUGCUUUGUUUACUUGUAUUUUUAAAAAGAAAAAAAGAAAGUAUUUCAUGUAAACCAUUGCUUUUAAUUUGAGGGAAGGUUUUAUUUGGAAAAGUAAAGAAUGGAAGAAUUGUGUUCAAGAGAUUUUUAACUCUGGUUUGAGGUCACAGUAAACAGUAUAUUUCCUUUUAUUGGUUUUGGCGUUAGAGUUACCUCCCCUUUCGAGUUAAGUAUCUCAUAUGCAAUAAUUUCAAUCAGAAUUAACAGAUUGCUGUUAGUAGAUUUGACAUACUUUUGAUAGCUAUUAUUCAGUAUCCCUGAGCUAUUGAACAUUCAAAUAGAAACAAAUGUUUAGAAAAGCUGCCCUCUUUCUUGACCUAAAUAUGUAAUUCUGUUGACUUCUCUAUGAUAUCCAAUGAUAAAUGAAGAUACAAGGUUUUCCUAACAUGGGAGGCAAAAAAUUAAAGGUGACCAUAGGGCAUAAAGUGAAAUGAAACAUUUAAUGAACAAGUACAGUAAAAACACUGUUGUGACAUCUUGUUUGAAAAAUUACAAUGACUAUUCCAGGGAAGGGGUCGGUUAAAAAUAUGAUUUUGUACAAACUUGGAUUUAAUCACUUAAAAGAAUCACCCUGCUAUGAUAUAGAACUAUAACUUGCUGGAUAUGCUUUUCAUUUCUAAGAUUAUAAUUUCAGGACAAGUUGGGAGUCAUUUCAGAAUCAGCCAUAUUUACUGUCCAUGUACUUCUAAUAAUAUUAAAUGCUGAAUGUGAUGUGCAGUAAAUGGAAGAAACAAAUAAAAUCUCUACUGAGCUUAUCUCGGAUGUUUUAGUAAGAAACCAUUUUGGCUGCUUCAUACUACUCAUAAUAAUUCUAGAGAAAAUAUCAUUUCAUGUCUGUAAAAUUGAUUUUGAAACUUAAUUUAUUUUAUGCUUCUUUACCUAUGCUUUGUAAAUGCUUUACAUUAUCAUAAUUAUGUAUAUGUACACCUGAACAUUUUACUGUAUGUGCAUGUUAUCCAUGAGAUGAAAUACAGUAACAAUCCUUUUUACUUCUUUAUGGUGAUAGUUUUGAUAUUUAUGUUCGAAACUCUUUAAAACUACUGGCAGAAGUAGGCUACGAGAUUUUUCAAAUGAAUGCAAAGCAGAAAUUUCUAGUUAUCAAAUAACUUUAUUUUUCAAACUUGAUUUUGUAACAAUCCUUAGUAUAUGAUGCUGUUAAGAACAUUCUUCGUGUUGCCAUCUAGUUUUAUUUUACUGAAAAACAUGACGGAAUCAUGUACUGUAUACUUGAUAUUUGUUCACAGUACAUUAUAAAGUUACCAUUUUAAUACAAAAGAUGAUGUGAAUAUGUUGAAUUUCAUUUUUGAUGAGGAACAUUUUGUAUUAUUGUAAGUAUGACUUCUUACAGAAAAUCUGUUGUGGCCUUUUCAAACACCUGCUCUAAAAAAAUAAUAAUUCCCCAAAAUAUUUUGUAGAAUCAUAUUAUUUUCCAACUUUAGCAAUGUUUUGCCUCCAAAUUGUUAUUUUCCAAGUGUUUUUUGUUUUUGGUCACAUUUUGGUGGUUUACAUGUUAUGUAUUCAGAAUAUAGAGUGUUCUGUUGAUGUGUCUUGAAAAACAAUAUUCAAACAAUAAGGAGUGAUUUUGAUUUGAAGAUCGGAUAAUGAUCCAGCAUACAACGCCAAAUAAUGCAUUGCAGCUGUCACCUUUUAUGCCUCAGAACUUUUCUGAUCACUGCAGAAAUUUGUUCACUUGCUGGACCCUUUCCUCGUAUCAACCAGUGUUUAAAAUGAGUCUUAUAUCACUUUGCUGUAUAAUAUCCUUUUUUCCCACAUACUGCUACAUACACUGUGAUUCUUACUCACUAAAGCAUAUAACAUCUCCAAGUUAUAAAUGAAAAGUCAUUGUAAGAUGUUCCAAAAUAAGAUUGGGGAAAUUGUAAAGAUAAAGCCUCCACUUUGUAUUCAAUAGCAUAAAACAUUAAAACAAACAUACAGAGGAAUGUGUAAUGAACCCUUGAUACUAAAUAUGCAUUACUUAUUUGUUCAGAAAAAGUGGAAACAUAGACAUAUAAUUCUGAAUGAUAAUUCUCUAUAUAUUAGCUGAACAUAGUGUGUGUAGAUUGUAUAUGCUGACAAAAGUGCUUUGUGGAUAAAGCUUUAAUAUCAGUAUAUUGAUCUAUGUAGGAUUUGUUGUAUAAAUAGUCAAUUCUGUAAAAUUUUGUCACAUUGCAGAAAUGCAACCAAAAAAUAUAAUAAAUUUUAUUGACUUUGUCAAUACAUGUA